GCCAAGCGAGUCGUUUACUAAGCUUUGACCGACUACCGAUUGUUUUUGAAAAGGCGGCAGAAGUAUUCGACGUCAACCGGUCUCGAACCCAGUGUAGGGACACGUGCGCCUUGGGAAAGUGGUCUUUAAAGUCUUAGAUUGUCCAUUUUAGUAGAAUAUGGUGUCUUAAUUGAAGUAGAGCUCGUUCGAGCGCAUUUCAUGGCGCAGCCAUUGUGACCAAUGUUGGCGAAUGGUCGGACCAGGCCAACUCUCUUUCCCAACAACCAACGGACUUCCAGCGAGAAAUCAACCAAUUUUUCUGUACAAUUUUCUCAAAAGUCGCCUAGCCUUGCAGCGAUAACAGAAGGACAUGAAAAUGGCGUAAAAAGUGAUAAACGUGACGAUCAACCCAUUCUGGAUGAAUUGAACCAGACAAUAUCCACAAAUAACAACAACAAGAGUUCUUGGCCUAGCAAAAUGGCGACGGUGAAUAGUAGUGGCCCAGGCCAGCAACUGACGAAUACCAAUGGAUUCCCUAUGCCAUUGGUUGCUAGUAAUAAAAAUGCUACCGUGGAUUUAGCUUCCUCUCAGCCAGCCAUCAAUAAUCAGGCCUCAUCAAAUAUCAUGGACAAUAUGAAUUCAACUACUUCUGGUAGUAUGAUUUCUGGUGGUGAAACUAGCAAUAGCAUGCCUUCUUCUUCGCAAUAUAAUGCUUAUAAUACAAGACAAGAUCUUUUAUUGCAAGGUUUUCGGUCUCGUAAUGCAAGUCAUGACAUCAAUCCCAUGAUGCGUGCUGCGCCCCACACCAGUGAACAAUAUGGCUCUCCUCAACAAAGAUCGUACAUGUCUGGAUCCAAUGAUUCUUCAAUACGAGGGUUAAAUCGACAAAAUCCAAGCCCCUUUCCCCCUAAUUACUUUCCUCAAGAGUCACACAACAAUCAAGCAGUAUCUAGGGUCGAUAGUACGCAGUCUGACGAGAGAAAUUCGACUGAACACUUUCAAUGGCAGCAACCGAUACAGCGUUAUCCGUCGAGUUUACCAUCAAACCCUUCGCCUGCUCAACCACACAGUCAUAGUCCAAUGCAGCAAUCUGGUAUACCCCCUCGCCAACCACCACCAUACAUGAUGAUGGGUCAGGCACUACCUCCUCCUUCACAGUCACCACAACAAUAUAUGAUGCAAUCACAGAUGAAGGCAAACACAAUGUCCAACCCAGCACCACCUUAUUAUGGUGGAAUGGGACCUAUGAUACAAAGACAGCAAGGACUGGCAAACCAAAUGCAAAAACAACCACAAGAAUAUGGGUCUUACCAACAGCAGCCUUUCUACUCACAGCCACAGUUCCCAUCAUCAUUACCACCAUACAUGCAGUCYAGACAACAGCAGCAGCAACAGUCAAUGUCACAAAGUCCUUCCAAUAUGUCAAGAAUGAUGCCAACGCAACAGCCAAUCUUACCAAAACCCUCAAUGGACAUGUAUGCAAGAUAUCCUAAUAACAUAUCUUCAGAUCACAGAAUGGAGUUUCAAGGACCUGUUAUGAAUGAACAAAUGCAACAGCAACCACAGCACAGACAACAACAGUCAUACUCUAGUCCAGGAGGGGUUGGGCAUGAGACUAUCAACCAUCGUGGGUACUACUCUGGUUAUCCCAGCUCACCAUCACCAAAUGUUACCAUGGGGUCACCUUUAAGAAAUCUUCCUGAAGGUUUUACAAACUCUGCAAAUCUGCCACCAAUGCCAGGAACACCCACAUUUCCAAACACACCUCCAUCAUCAGGGAUGCCAUUUUCAUCUGGUACUGCAACCCAAAGCAAUGCGGCAGCUGCUGCUGCUGCUGCAGUAAUGCAGGCCGUGAACUCAAGGUAUCCMCCAUCCAUGGGGCAUCAGUCAUCUGAMCAGAGUGGAUACAGUUCCCAUGACAAUAUAGGARCCAUGAGAGGUAGAAUACCCAAUACCAUGCCAUCAUCAGGAUUACCAGGAAUAGAUGGUCCUGGUAAUGGAAGUACYAUUGAAACAGGUCGAGUACAGUCACCAACAUUGAACAUUCUACCCACUGCAGAAGAUGUAGAAGCAAUGAUUCAAUCUAUGAGCUCAGAGGAUACUUGUAUGAAUGACUCUACGACUCAACCUCAAAGCUGYCCUCCAUUUGUGCCUACAUCAACAGUCAAACAUGAACUGGUAAAUGAUUCUCUUUCGUCGGCAUCCCCUGCACAGAAUGUCACUAGAACAACAACAAACACUUCACCUCUGUCAUCAUUUUCUGAAGAGUUUCCAGGUGUGACAUCACCAGGUGUUUCUAUCUCAUCAUUCUGUGAUGAUGAUAAUGAUGACAUGAAUGUACCAGUUGAUGAUAUAACACCAACAUUGGGGCAGUCUGCUAAUGUCGUCAUGAUGACUAAACAAACAAACAAAGACACUCCACAGUUUGGAAAGUAUUCACUGUUGUAUGAGCUAACCGAUGAACCAGAAAGGAAAGAGUUUCUGGACAAGUAUUCAUCAUUUAUGGAGAGUACAGGCAACACUGUCAAGCAAGUACCAGUGUUUAAUAAUCAGUUAUUGGACAUCUAUAAGCUAUACAAAGUCAUUAAAGCAAAUGGAGGUCUACAGGAGGUUGUUAAAAGAAAGUUAUGGGACAAGGUCCUGAUGUCACUGAAUAUCUCACCAGAUCAAACAGUAUUGUCAAAUCAGCUUCGUAAUCAUUAUAGCCGCUUCCUAUUGGCUUACGAGAUGGCAGAUGUUACAAAAUCUACUCACACUGCUGUGGGCAACCUUUUUGAUGACACAGGAAUCCCACCACCAAAUGCUACUGUUACAUGCUCAGAAGUGCUGUUCCCUGCUCCUACCAUGUCAAUGUCCAGCCAACCAGGAAGUGUGUACCCAACACAGUAUGGCCAGCAGCAGGCAGCCACCAAUGGUCCACAAAGCUAUGGURGUUAUAAUGAAGGGUUUAUAGAAGGGCAAUAUGACAACAAAGGUUAUAACAUGUCACAUAACACUAGUAACUACAAUAUGACACAAUAUUCAGCAUUUAAUGAAAGGACCAACAACUAUACAAAUUAUCAAGGAUUUCCUGCACARCAGUCUGUACCACAGUCUCAAUUUCCAGGAUCUGUUGCCCUUUCCCAGCUCCUUCAACAAAGAAGCUCCAACAUUACAAGUUAUCCGAUUAAUCAGUCACGCCCUCAGCAAGACCACCCGAUGUGGCCACAGUAUAAAGCAUCAACGGAACCAGAACAGAUGUUUGAUUACCCACCUAAACAGCAUUACCCAUCCAAUCGCCAGCCAUAUCCACCUACGCCACCACAAUACCGACACAGCCCACCACCCCAUGGCGCCCGUUCACCAUCGUUACCACGACAACCUGUAGCCCCAACGCAUCAAGCACAGUCACAGAUAGCAAAGUCGAAGUUUCAAAACAAUCACGUCAAGAAAGAUUUCUAUUUUCCUCUGGAGUCUGUAGAGGCGACAAAACCUGUUUUUACAAAGAAAAGGAAACUGACAUCGCGUGAUUUGGGACCUGUAGAAGCUUGGCGUGUUAUGAUGUCUCUCAAGUCUGGCUUGUUGUCAGAGACGACGUGGGCCCUAGAUGCGCUUAAUAUCCURYUGUACGAUGACCAUACUGUUGGCUAUUUCCUGCUUUCUCAUCUGCCUGGACUUCUAGAUAAUCUACUUGACCACUUUCGACGAUAUCUUGCCGAGAUUUUUGGUCCAUUCUGGGAAGGUGACAGCGAAGAAGAAGAGCAGCUGAAGAGUGAGGUACUGGUACAGCGAGAAAAGACAGAAGAGGACGACAAGCUACAGCAGGAUGUGUGUCGAAGUUUAACAGCAUUUAUCGCUGCUUCGUCGAUUGAUUUUGAAUCGAACAACGUUGAUGAAUGGUGGCUUAAUUCAAGUCAGACUACCAAACAUAUACAGACACACUUAGGUACUGAUGUCAGCCCUAAAGGAGAACAAGACGACGGCGCAGAAUCCGCGGAAACAAAUGUYAAAUUAAAACUGUAUGAUUCUGCCGUGAUGGAAGAAACGGAAGUCAAAGCUAUCGAAACGGAAAAUACGAAAGUUUGUGACGGAGGCCAUUGUGAAAAACCGACUGAGAAUUGCAUGAUACCCAAAAAGGAAUGGGAUUUAGACUCCGACGAUUCAAUUUCGGAUGCGGACAAUUCUCCAGUAAAAGCCGAACAGAAAAAUGAUUCACGAUUACCAUCAGAAGAGGAGUUCACUUCCAGACUACGAAAAGAACUYGAUCUUGAUAUCGAACCAUCGGACGAUUCAGAUACAAACGCUUACAUCCAGUCUGUAAUCGAGACUCGAAUCAAGCGAAGUAAAAGCGUAACGUUAGUUGAAGAACAGUCGUUUCGUACUGAAGAGUCAACGUUAAGUCUGCGUACAGAAUCUGAUGAUGCAUUGUCUCGUCGAGUAAUGUGUAUUUCAAAUAUUUUACGUGGACUAUCGUUUGUACCUGGUAAUGACGUCGAGAUGUUUCGACACUCAGGGUUAUUGUUAAUACUCGGUAAACUAUUGUUACUAUAUCAUCGUCACGCCAUACGCGUUCCUUACCGACAUUCAUUCAUGCAAGAUGACCUUGAAGUUGACGCACCGAGUGAUGACCGACACGACUGGUGGUGGAGUGCGUUAGAGGUUCUUCGGGAGAAYGCACUUGUGAUAUUUUCUAACAUCGCUGGUCAGCURGAUCUAUGUGCUUAUCGUAAAUCAAUCUCUGGUCCAAUACUUGAUGGUUUACUACAUUGGUUUGUAUGUCAGUCAGCGGAGGCUAUUGAUCCCAUGCCAACAGCUACAGUUGGAACCUCUUUGUCUGCAAGACAGUUAGUAUUAGAGACUUUGGCUAAGAUGAGUAUACUUGGUGGSAACACAGAGCUUAUCUUAUCUUCGUCUUCAUCACGUCUCGAGGCAUUAUAUGCAACACUUAUCCGUCUGCUCGGUCAACGUGAGAAUCCCGUCAGUAGAGAGCUGUCGUUAGUUGUAUUGUCUAACCUGUCACAAAGUGACAGUGAAUAUUCUUGUCUUACAGACAAAAAACAGUGCAUUGCAAUGCUGCUGCAAUUUAUCGAGGAUGCUGCAAACUCCAUCAAUGCAUAUUCGUCCGGUGGAUCGCUGGCGCAAGCUGGUUUUCACUCUGAGGAUUUUUGUGGGACAAGUGUUGAUAUGCUACGUCGUGCUGCAUCUACAUUGGUUUGCUUAGCUCGCUCUAAGCCAAUCAGAUCAUUGUUUCUGCCUUACCAAGAAAGGCUGUUACUACUGACAACAUUAAAGUUAUUAGAAAGGAUGAUUGGACCUCAACUUGCUGACGUUCUUUACUAUUUAUCGAGAUGACCCUCUGGCUUGGUCAACGAGUGCAUGCAUUUUCAGGAAUAUUUUGUACAACUCCUUCAAAUCCCGACGAUUAUUAAGAAAAAUUAAAAGCGCUCAAGGAAGCAGAUAUGGAUGAAAUAGAUUUUUUUACUAGUUAACAUGAGUGCAAGAGGCGGCAAAGCCGUUGUUGUGGUGACGAYCGGUGAAAUGAGUUGUGUUUUCGUAGAAAUGGUUCGUGAAAACACUUCAUCAAUAAAGGUGUAUAGUUUUUAUUUACAGUCUUGUCUGGUCAUCUAGCACUUUUUGAUUUCCUGAGGUAGUUGYCAGACCAGAUUGAAUAUAAAAACUAUUCCAGAGGACAAAUUCCAUUAAAUGGAUAAAGUGUUURCACUUCGAGUAAGAUUUUAUGUGUGUAUACUUAGGGUUCAACCCACGUGACCACACAGCUCGCAUUUCAUUGGUCAAUCUAGUUCACCACGUACGUCUACUGUAGUAAAGUCUUUUAUAGAUAACGGAAAAGCUAUUGGGAAAAGUAAUAAAAAACUAGAUUUUUGUUAUUGUACAGGGAUUUUUGCACCCUUUUUGCUUUUUCCGAAUGUAGCAUAGAGUAAAAAGAUAAAGAGAUAAAAUAGAAAUGUAGAGAAUAUGUAUAAAGAAAAUUCAAAUAAAAAAUGUUUCAGAUAACUUGAAAAA